AUGGAUGUUUUUGGUGCAUCAGAUCCAUAUGUUGUUCUUGAAUUAUUACCAUCAACACUUUAUCCAAAAGAAGAUAGAACGAAUACAAUAAAACAAACACUUAAUCCAGAAUAUAAUCAAUUAUUUCAAUGGCAUCGUCUUCCAUUAAAUAUUGUACACACAUCUGGUGCUGUUUUACGUUUGAGUGUUUGGGAUGAAGAUAUAAUAAAAGAGGAUGAUUUUAUUGGUGAAUGUUUUAUACCAUUAACAAGUAUUGAAUCAUUAAAAAAUCGUGUAUCAAUACGUGACAUUCCUGUAUCAGAAGUACAUUUGAGAACACAAGAUAAAAAUACUCAACCAAGAGUAUAUGAAUUGAUUCGAAAUCGUGCAAAAUUUGAUCAAGAAGCAGCUCGUUUUAUUAAACAACGUUUUUAUGCAACAACUAUAGCUCUACGUUCAUUAUUAUGCUUUAUACCAUGUGAUAUUGGCUUUGAUUUUCAUUCAACUGCUUAUGAUGAAGCAAAUGUCGGUGAUAAUGAAGAAAUAAAUUGA